AUGAGUAUCUAUAGGGCAAGUGCAUAUGUGAUACUCCAGAUGCUCGAUGUGAGUGUGUACAUGCCGCUCUAUGCCAUCCACGGUGGAAACCGCCUGGGUGAGAAGCUGACUUUGAAGAAUGUUAAAAUAGAGGCCAGGGGCGCCGAGGAGCUGUUUGGACACCUAGCAAAGCAUGGCGAGGAAGAAGGAAACUACUCCGUGGACAGCCUAGAAAUAUACAGAAUUGAAGACCAAGGGAACGUGGACAGCCACGGUGGGGCAUCCAAAGAUAUUACUUUUGGGACCAUGUCCUUUGACUUCUCGAUGCUCAAGACGAUCCUGAGCCAGAACAGCCAACAGAGCCCGGGGUAUUCGCCGGAAGUAAGGAUCAAAAGCAUCGAGAUUAGGAUCCCCCUUGCAGUCCAGAUAUUCCUCCACAUACCCAUUGUGCUGGUGGCUGUGAUAGUGUUCUAUCUGUUCCUAUCAUUUGGAAUUGAGGAGAGAGGAGGUCUGUCCGACAAAGAGAUUGAGAAGAUACCGCUGUGCCCCUAUUCUGGGCAGGAGUUCAUCAACAAAGGAUGCAUCAUCUGCUUGGAGGAUUUCGAAGACGGGGGGUAUGUGCGGAGCCUGGACUGUGGACACGCGUUCCACAAGGAGUGUGUUGAUAGAUGGCUCCGCAAGAACUUUGUCUGCCCCAUCUGCAGGAGCAAGAUGGCUGUGGAGUAUGGCAGGCCGGGGCACGAGAGAAGAAGAGUCCACAUAUUGUGA